AUGUCGAGUAGAGGGAAAAGUGGUAAGGGUCUGGGAAAAGGGCACCGCAAAGUCCUUCGCGAUAAUAUCCAGGGUGUUACUAAGCCAGCCAUUCGGUGCCUGGCUCGCCGUGGUGGCAUCAAAUGCAUUUUCGGCCUCAUACGAAGAGGUUCGCAGAGUCCUGAAAGUCUUCCUCGAAAAUAUUAUCAGGGGCAUGCCCAGCGCAAGACGGUGACGGCCAUUGAUGUGUACGCACUAAAGCGUCAGGGGUGGACCCUCUAUGGUUUCGGUGGUUGA